AUGGCCGAGUCCCACCAUCUAAAUGAAGAGCCAUCACGAGGAACACAGCAUGGCCGCCGCGCUUCGGCCACGUCUGGGGGAUACAAUGCCCCGGGCUCGACACACGAUCUGGAUUCUCCAGAUGGCGCGCGCACCUCGUUAAACCGACCUCAUCCACAGAACGCUUCAGGAAUCCCACUCAAACAUGAGCGGAAUCCCCGACACUCUCGACGGGCAUCGAUGACUUCUCAUCCCGGCUACGAUGUCCCAGAUACGUAUACCAACCUAGACGAGACAGCCGAUGUCUCGCCCAUUCAGAACCCGCACGAGGAACCAAUCCACCGUUUCCGAAGCCUCGAGCAGACCCGGGCCCAGGAGCAGGAGUUCGUACAGGAACAGAAGCGCCACCGCCAGCCACCCGAGCCAAAGAAGCUAGAAGAGGCUAAGUACGACGUCUCGCGUCUCCUCACCCAGCUCUACACCAUCUCCUACCUCAUCCUCUUCUCCAUCCUCGGCACUCUCGCCCGCCUCGGCCUCCAGGCCCUCACCAACUAUCCCGGCACCCCCGUCAUCUUCACCUCCAUCUGGCCCAACUUCGCCGGCUGCUUAGUCAUGGGCUUCCUCUCCGAAGACCGCAUGCUGUUCCGCGAGGCGCAACCCCCAACGCCCAGCCCACCAUCCCAUUAUACAUUGGCCUCGCCACUGGCUUCUGCGGGCUCCCUAACCUCCUUCUCCGCCUUCAUCCGCGACACCUUUCCUCGCGCUGGCCAACGACCUCCCCACCAAGCACAUCCACUCCACUACCCCCCCGAAACGGCGGCUACAGCUUCCUCGCGCUCCUCUCCAUCCCCCCUCAUUACGCUCGCCCUCUCCCUCUCCGCCCUCUUCCUCGGCGCGCACCUCGCCAUCGCGCUCGCACCCAUCAUGCCAUCCCUACACCGCACGCCGCACGCCUGGGCCGACCGCGCCGCCGUGCCGCUCGCCUGGGGCUGCUGGCUCGGCGCUGUGCUCCUGGCCGCCCUGCCCCCAGCCGGCCACGCCGCCUGGCGUGGCGAGGUGCUGUUCGCGCUGGUCUUUGCGCCGCUGGGCUGUUUGGUUCGUUUUGUGGUUAGUCUGUGGCUGAAUGGUCGGGUUGCGGCGUUUCCGGUGGGCACGUUCGUGGUGAAUGUGGUGGGGACGGCGGUUCUGGCGGCGGCGUGGGAUUUGGCGCAUUCGGGGGCGGUUGGGGGUGGUGCGGGAGAAGGGGUGGGGGUGAGGGUGACGGUGGGGUGUCAGGUGCUGGCGGGGGUGCAGGAUGGGUUUUGUGGGUGUUUGACGACUGUGUCGACGUGGGUGGGGGAACUGGCUGCGCUUAGGAGGAGGCAUGCGUAUGUGUAUGGCGGGGCCAGCGUGCUGGGUGGGCUAGCGGUGGUGGUUGCGGUGAUGGGGGGGCUGAGGUGGAGUGAGGGGUAUGAAUCGGGAGCUUGUGGGUGCUGGGUGAAGGUACAACCUGUGACUCCACGAGUUCUUCUCAUCCCUGUUUCUGCGAAGCCAGAGCGGUUCCGCCGGGUACUUCCGGUCCUUCUAGUUACUAACCAAACUUCACAGUCUGCAGACGUCUUUGCCAGGUUCUGCCGGGCGAGGGGCCUUCCAACCAUCUAUGUCUGCGGCUCGGACCAGUACGGCACCGCGACGGAGACGAAGGCGCUCUCUGAGGGGGUAGACCCGGCGACGUUGUGCGCCAAGUAUCACGCCAUCCACAAGGACAUUUACGACUGGUUCAGGCUCGAUUUUGACGUCUUCGGCCGUACGCCCACGGACGAGCACACCGCUAUCGUCCAGGACAUCUUCACUCGUCUCUGGAACAACGGCUACAUCGAGCAGCGUGAGACAACCCAGGCUUACUGCCCAACUCACUCAUCCUUCUUGGCCGACCGAUAUGUCGAGGGCGAGUGCAGCCUCUGUCACGACAAGGGUGCCCGCGGUGACCAGUGCGACGCAUGCGGCAACCUUCUCGAUCCUCUAGAACCGGAGAGGGACGCCUCCGGGAACCAGGAGACCAAGGCGACCGGCUGGCUGAUCAACCCCCGCUGCAAAUUGGACGGUACCGCUCCUGAGAAGCGCCAAACCAAGCAUCUCUACCUCCGCCUGGACGCCCUUCAGGGCGAGAUUGAAGAGUGGCUCAAGACGGUCGAGAAGGCCUGGAGCGCGAAUUGCGUCUCUAUCACACACUCGUGGCUGGAUCAAGGGCUCAAGCCACGUGGUAUCACCAGAGAUCUCAAAUGGGGUGUCCCAAUUCCCACGGGGCUUGACGGUCUCUCCGACGAGGACUAUGCCAAGAAGGUUUUCUACGUCUGGUUCCAUACCAUCAUCUUCCCCGCCUCCCAACUCGGCACCAAGGAGAACUGGACCAAGAUCAAGGCCGUGUCCACUUGCGAGUACCUCAACUACGAAGGUGGAAAGUUCAGCAAAUCGAAGGGCGUUGGCGUGUUCGGUACCAACGCUCGCGAUACCGGCAUCGACGCUGACAUCUGGAGAUACUACCUCUUGUCGAGGCGGCCCGAGACCAGCGACUCGGAGUUCAAAUGGGAGGAAUUUGUUGACGCCAACAACAACGAUCUGCUCAAGAAUCUUGGCAAUCUGUGCCAGCGUAUCAUCAAGUUCUGCCAGGCCAAGAUGGACGGCGUGGUGCCCGAAUACGAUCUUUCCAAAUUUCCUGCUCUGCAGCAACACAGGGAGGAAGUGGAGAAGCUCCUUCAAGACUAUGUCGCACAUCUCAAGGCUGUGAAGCUGAGGGCAGGCUUGUCCAUAGUGAUGAACAUCUCUGGGCUCGGCAACAAGCUACUCCAGGAUAACAAGCUCAGCAACCAGCUCAUCGCCGAGGAGCCGGAGCGCUGCCGUGCUGUGAUUGGUAUCGCGCUCAACCACAUUCACCUCGUGGCCCACCUUCUCUCGCCCUACAUGCCCGAGAAGUCGCAAUCUAUCCUCAGGCAACUUGGGGUCAAGGGGCCGGGCGGGGAUGGCCAAGAUAUCCCGGCACAGAUCCCAGAUACCUGGGAAGCGAAUGAUCUCAAGCCGGGCCACGCCGUUGGUGAGCCUGAACUGCUGUUCGCCAACAUCCCUGCGGCGAAGAUUGAGGAAUGGCGCGAAGCGUUCGGUGGCGAGGAGCUUCGCAAGCAGAAGGAGAUAGAGGCGGAGAAGGCCGCGGCCAAGAAGGCGGCGAGAGAGAAGGAGAAGGAAAAGAGAAAACUCAAAAAAGCGGCUCAAGCGGCUCAAGCGGCUCAAGCGGCCGAGGCAGGGCAGGGGCCGACUUCAACGCUCCCUAUCCACCCUGGCCCGCCUGCCCAGGCGGCGGCCAAGUCAAACGAGCCGGCCGAACCUCCUGUCCAGAACUGA